AUGGCUCGGCUUCAUUUUGCAGGUUGCCAGGGCGCUACGUCCGAAGGUGAUGCUCUUGUCAUUGACGGUCAUGCUAUCAAGGUAUUCCAAGAGAGAGACCCAGCUGGUAUCCCACGGGGGAAGUCUGAUGUUGGCUACGUCAACUGGUGCCUUUACAAUAUUGGAAGGUGCCCAAAAGAACAUGACAGUGCUGUGAAGAAGGUCAUCAUCACUGCCCCGUCUGCCGAUGCACCUAUGUUCGCUGUUGGUGUCACUUCUGACAAGUACACGCCAAACUUGGUCAUUUCGAAUGCCUUUUGCACCACCAACUGA